AUGAAGUGUGCAAGCUGCCUAAAAACUGGAUUUAGGAAACUCGGUGAUAGAAGAGCGACAUGGAAAUGUCCAGAUUGCAAAACUUCGUCGGCCCCAAGAUCAACUCCAUCGGUUCCUUCAUCUCCAACUCCUCGAAAUGUAGACAGUGAAAUGAUAAUGGCUGAAAUUAAAAAAUUGCCACAACAGAUUUCUUCAUUCUCCCUUGUAAUUGAAGAUAUUAAAUCUAUAAAGGAUGACGUACAACAACUAAAAAACUCAGUUGAAUUUGCGCACGAAACAACCAAAAUAUGUAGUGAUAAAAUUAAAAAUUUGGAGCAACGUACUGAAAAUGUUGAAAGAAACCAAGAAGAUAUGAGUUCUCUCACUCAAGUGGUCUCUUACUUAGAGGAUCUCAUAAAAACGAAGGAUCAACUGGAUCGGCUUAACAAUGCUGAAAUCAAGGGAAUUCCUUAUAUUGAGUCUGAAAACUUAUUUGACGUCAUCCUGAAGCUAGGAUCGGUGAUUAAAUGUCAAGUUGCGAAAACGGAUAUUAACUACAUUGUACGGGUCCCAACACGAAAUGAUCCCAAAAAUAAAAAUAUAAUAACAUCGUUUGGCAAUAGAUAUAUAAAAGAAAAUUUUGUCGCCUGUGCCCGAGCACUAAAAAGAAAUAUUUCAGCCUCUGAUGUAGGUUAUAAUUCAGAUACCAACAUAUAUAUUAAUGACCAUGUAACAUUAGAGAAUAAAAUACUCCUUAAUAAAACUAAGACAGCAGCGAAAGAGCAUGGGUAUGCUUUCUCAUGGGUAAAGAAUUGCAAAAUUUUUAUGAGGAAAUCUGCGACGUCUCCUGUAAAACUGAUAAAAUCAGAACUUGAUUUAAGAAGAUUGUAA